AUGACUGAGAUUGGGUUUCCACCACAAUUGCCAAGCCUGUUGAAAUGUGACAACAAAGCCGCAAUCAGCAUUUUAGAGAAUCCCGUGCAACAUGAUAGAACAAAACAUGUUGAAGUGGAUCGACACUUUAUCAAAGAAAAAAUUGAGAAUGACAUUAUUGAGCUUCCAUUUGUGAGAUCAGAAAAUGAGCUGGCUGAUAUUCUUACUAAAGCAGUUUCAAGACAAGCCCUUGCUAAAGUUCUAACCAAGCUGAGUAUUGGUGAUCCCACUACUCACCUUGAGGGGAACGAAGAUAACGUUGUGACAGAAGAUGGUGAAUUUAGCGUCGAAAUAGAAUUUGGUUCUAGAGAGUCGACCCAGCCACGGAGCCAGCCACCCAGUCACCCACUGAACCAAAAGCCACAGGGGACCCCUAGCAGACAGCAUCGAUCUCGCCACCUCCGACCUCGCCAGUCGCCACCUCCGACCUCGCCGCCUCCACCUAGCAGGGUUUCUGGGUUCUGUAGGGUCACCCACGAUCAAGACAGCACCGAUCUCGCCACCUCUGACCUCGCCAGUCGCCACCUCCGACCUCGCCAGUCGCCACCUCCGAUCAAGUGCAUAUGGAGCCCGAGCCAUCUAUUCAGUUUGACGUCAGUUCAAGUGAGAAUAUGGGCGACACUGGAUUGCCUCCCGUUCCUAUUCCGAAUGAAUCAACAAGCAUCAGAUCUCCGACUGCAUUGCCUCCUGUGCCAGCUCCUCAUCGAAACACAAGGAAGCUUGCUAGUAGAGGCCGAGGGAAAAGGCGGGCUGUUGAAGAAGCUCCCGUUGAUGACUCUGCUGAAACUGAGACCGAUGAAGGUAAGAGAAAACCUUGUAGACCUAGGUCUUGGACAUGGGAUCACUUUACUAAAGAUGAAACUAGUAAUCCACAGUAUCCUAGAGCUAAAUGUAAUUGGUGUGGGGCUAGUUAUGCAUGUGAUACACAUAAAAAUGGCACUAGUAACAUGAAAAAUCAGUUGUUGUCGCAAUGCAAAAAAUUUCCGAAGGAGGCAUUAGAUCCUACCCAAAAGAUUCUUUGUUUUCAAGAUGUGGUA